GGAGGAGGAGGAGGUGGCGGCGAGAAGAUGGCGACUUCGAACAAUCCGCGGAAAUUCAGCGAGAAGAUCGCGCUGCACAACCAGAAGCAGGCAGAGGAGACAGCGGCCUUCGAGGAGGUCAUGAAGGACCUGAGCCUGACGCGGGCCGCGCGGCUCCAGCUCCAGAAGUCGCAGUACCUGCAGCUGGGCCCAAGCCGGGGCCAGUACUACGGUGGGUCCCUGCCCAACGUGAACCAGAUCGGGAGUGGCACCGUGGAUCUGCCCUUCCAGCCCAGCGGAUAUCUGGGGGAGGCCCUGGCGGCGGCUCCUGUCUCUCUGACACCCUUCCAGUCCUCGGGCCUGGACACCAGCCGAACCACCCGGCACCACGGGCUGGUGGACAGAGUAUACCGAGAGCGUGGCCGGCUGGGCUCGCCACAUCGCCGGCCCUUGUCAGUGGACAAACACGGACGGCAGGCGGACAGCUGCCCGUACGGCACCGUGUACCUCUCGCCGCCCGCGGACACCAGCUGGAGAAGGACCAAUUCUGACUCUGCCCUGCACCAGAGCACAAUGACACCCACCCAACCAGAGCCCUUCGCAGGCGGGUCCCAGGACGCACACCAGAAAAGAGUCUUACUAUUAACAGUUCCAGGAAUGGAGGAGACCACGUCGGAGACAGAUAAGAAUCUUUCUAAGCAAGCAUGGGACACCAAGAAGACGGGGUCCAGGCCCAAGUCCUGCGAGGUCCCCGGGAUCAACAUCUUUCCAUCCGCUGACCAGGAAAACACUACAGCCCUGAUCCCUGCCACCCACAACACAGGGGGCUCCCUGCCCGACCUGACCAACAUACACUUCCCCUCCCCCCUCCCGACCCCGCUGGACCCUGAGGAGCCCACCUUCCCCGCGCUCAGCAGCUCCAGCAGCACCGGCAACCUCGCAGCCAACCUGACUCAUCUGGGCAUCGGCGGCGCCAGCCAGGGGAUGAGCACACCAGGCUCCUCACCGCAGCACCGCCCGGCUGGCGUCAGCCCGUUGUCCCUGAGCACAGAGGCAAGGAGGCAGCAAGCCCAGCAGGUGUCAUCUACCCUCUCCCAGCUGUCACCCAUCACUCAGGCUGUGGCCAUGGAUGCCCUGUCUCUGGAGCAGCAGCUGCCCUACGCCUUCUUCACCCAAGCAGGCUCCCAGCAGCCGCCGCCGCCGCAGCCCCAGCCCCCUCCACCGCCGCCACCCGCGUCCCAGCAGCAGCCGCCCCCGCCACCCCCGCAGGUGCCCGUUGGCCUCCCCCCAGGUGGCCCCCUGAUGCCAAGUGCCAGCUUGACGCGGGGGCCCCAGCUGCCCCCGCUCGCGGUCACGGUACCGUCCUCUCUCCCCCAGUCCCCCGCAGAGAACCCAGGCCAGCCGCCAAUGGGGAUCGACAUUACCUCGGCGCCGGCCCUGCAGCAGUACCGCGCUGGCGCCGGCUCCCCGGCCAACCAGUCUCCCACCUCGCCUGUCUCCAAUCAAGGCUUCUCCCCGGGGAGCUCCCCGCAACACUCCUCCACCUUGGGCGGCGUGUUUGGGGACUCGUACUAUGAGCAGCAGAUGGCGGCCAGGCAGGCCAAUGCUCUGUCCCACCAGCUGGAGCAGUUCAACAUGAUGGAGAAUGCCAUCAGCUCCAGCAGCCUGUACAGCCCGGGCUCGACGCUCAACUACUCGCAGGCUGCCAUGAUGGGCCUCACGGGCAGCCAUGGGAGCCUGCCGGACACGCAGCAGCUUGGCUACCCCAGCCACAGCAGCAUCCCCAACAUCAUCCUCACAGUGACGGGAGAGUCCCCUCCCAGCCUGUCUAAAGAACUGACCAGCACACUGGCUGGGGUCGGUGACGUCAGCUUCGACUCCGACAACCAAUUCCCCCUGGACGAACUCAAGAUUGACCCCCUGACCCUGGACGGACUGCACAUGCUCAACGACCCCGACAUGGUCCUGGCCGACCCGGCCACCGAGGACACCUUCCGGAUGGACCGUCUGUGAGCUGCACACCCGGCACGUCGCCGCCCAGCCCCCGGCUCCAUCACCCCGCCGGUCAGUGGUCC